UCAGUAACUCGGUAACGAAGUUAUUGAAAGUACACAAACUCACAGAUCAGAAGGACUAUGUUUAGUGUAUAAAAUUUUGUGUUAUUUGUUUUCUUUCAGUAUAUUUAUUUUCUUAAAUCAUGUUAAGCCUUUUUAUGUAUAUAUUUGAAGUGAAAAAAGAAUUAUUAGUGGGAUUUUCCAUUACUUUAAUAUACAUAACCUACUAUCUUGUCGAGGCAGUCAAGAAACCGAUACUGAUAUGUCGUAAGGGCGACUUCCGACAAUUCCUGGAGGAGAACGUGCCGCUGCUGGACGAGCACUACUGGCCGACGCCGUGGUGCGUGGAGUCGCGGCUGCAGACCGUGCUGGGGUCGGUGCUGCGGUCGCGGCUGCUGCCCGCGCAGCGCUACCGGCGCGAGGUGCUGCGGCUGUCGGACGGCGGGCAGGUGGCGCUCGACUGGGCGGAGCCCGGGCCCGCGGGCGGCGGCGCGGCGCCCGUGCUGCUCGUGCUGCCCGGGCUCACGGGCGGCGCGGACGCGGACUACGCGCGCUGCCUGGUGGCCGCCGCCGCCGCGCUGGGCGCGCGCUGCGUCGUGUUCAGCAACCGCGGGCUGGGCGGGCUGCCGCUCACCACGCCGCGCCUCUACUGCGCGCUCAGCCACGCCGACCUGGCCGAGGUGGUGCGGGCGCUGCGCGCGCGCGCCGACACGGGCCCGCUGCUGGCGGCCGGCGUGUCGCUGGGCGGGCUCAUCCUGGGCCACUACCUGGCCGAGCACGGGGAGCGCGCCGCGCUGCAGGCCGCGCUGGUGGUCUCGUCGCCGCUGGACGUGGUGCGCGGCGCGGAGUGCAUCGACCGGCCGCCGCUGAACGCGCUGCUCUCGUACCACAUGGCGCGCAGCCUGCGCCGCACGGUGGACGCGCACCGCGUGCUGCGCGCCGCCGCGCUCGACUGGGACGCCGUGCACCGCAGCCGCUCCGUGCGCCAGUUCGACGCCGCCUUCACCACCAAGCACUUCGGGUUCGGCUCGGUGGAGGCGUACUACCGCGCGGCGUCGCUCGGCGACAAGCUGCAGCGCGUGCGCGUGCCGCUGCUGUGCCUGUGCGCGGCGGACGACCCGUUCCAGCCGCUGGCGGUGAUGCCGCUGCGGGAGGCGGCGGCCAGCGCGCGCGUGGCGCUGGCGGUGACGGCGCGCGGCGGCCACAUCGGGUUCCUGGAGGGCUGGUGGCCGGCCGGGCCGCCGCGCGCGCAGUACAUCGCGCGGCUCGCCACGCAGUACUUCGCCGCGCUGCUGCGCCGCCCCGACCUGCAGCACGCCGCCACCUCCGCCUGACCCGCGCCCCCGCCCCCCUCCCGCCCCCGUCCCCUUCGCUCUCUCCUCGCUGUCGCCCGCCCCCGCGUGCCCUCUUGUACACCGUCGCUUUCUUCCUUCGUUCAAAUCGAUUCAUGCGCAAAAUAUUCUCUCACACGUGUCGUCCAUGUGACAUAAACUAUAUGUGGGUCGAUCCGCAUAUAUUGUCUACUGCGAUCCAAUCCAUUCCUACAGAACAUUUCUUUGAGGCUAAACGUGUCCCACAUUGUGUUAUAACGUAGUAUAAUCUAUAGUCUGUUUUUGUCAUCUCAGAGACAAAUUUGACAUUACGAUGUUGCCAGCUUCUUGCGAUUAUUAAGUAGUGUUGUGUCACUGUAGGAAAUAAGUUUAAUUUAGAUUUAACUUUAAGUACCUAUUUUUAUAGGUGAUUCAGAAAUAAUAUGUUAGUGUUUUAAUUAAAAUUAAUUAACACAAUUUUCUAAAUUACAUUAAUUCAUUUUACUUACCUACUUCAAUACCGUUAAAAAAUACUACGAAACUACAAUUGUAAACACUGGUAUAGUUAUGUAAAUGUUUAAAAUAUAUUGUGGAAACUACGUAGAUAACUUUGAAACUAAUCGUAUAAAAUGUAAAAAUUACUAUUUAUAAUUACAGCUUUGCCCCGCUAUAGCUGGUAACAUUAUUUGAUAAUUUGACAUUAACACCUGUCAAUUUAGUGGCCGAGAUUGAAAAAGAGACUAUAGAGCAAAACCGACAUAGUAUUAUAAAUCACUGUGGCCUAUAGCCUGUCACUAUGGGCGGAGUGAGUUGAGUGAGAGCACGUCUCUACGCUCGCAUCAACAAUACAAUGCAAUUAUUUUUACAUUGAAUCAGGUGGUGGUGCACUGCUACUUCGCUUAUAGUUCAGGGCUUCCAACAACCGUGCGACGUCGCGUGUCGAUGCGACCGAGACGAGACAGCGCCAGCGCCAGCGCCGGGCCCAUUAACAAUAGAGUUUUUCUGUUAACCUAUUCUAUUGUAGUAAUAGAAUUAGUAUUUGUGUGGGCUGGGUUGAGGGACGUCGCAAAAAAAUAGCAAAGUCCCAAGGGCGUCACAAUACGAAUAAGUUUGGGAAGCCCUGUUAUAGUUAAUAUAUGUAUGUAGCUGUAGCUGUCUGUAUACUGAUUAAUGAUCUCGCUGUACGACCCACCUGAGAUCAGGUACAACUUAUACUUUAAGAAAUUAUUAUUAUUUAUACGUUGUAUACUUUAUCUAUUUACAUACAAUUGUGAUAUAUAAUGUAGUUAAAUUGAAUUGAAACGAUGUCUAACAUGUGAAAGGUGCUUGCACUGUAGUGCUCGCAGGUCCCUGCACAGGGACGGGCCCCGCACAUGGAUGGGCCCGGGGCGACUCCCAACGACGGGGCCCAUAUACUACAUCUACUUACAAUUUCAUAUUGUUUGUAUGGAAUCGGUGCAGUUUGAGGAAGUUCUAUUCUCAAACCGACCACAGAUUGUCUGGACGAUGUCGCAGCCGGUCCUAACGGCCGUGAUGGUGAUGAUGAUGUGGUCCCUAUGACGAGCAGUGAUCACACGACCUGGUCUUUCCACCAGGACCAGCAGUGUGAGUGAUCCUCGGAACAUAAGGAUGUUAUUUUAUGUGCAGGCAUUUUGUUGACAUAUACAUAUAGUACGUACGUACAUGUUAUUGUAGAAAUUGCGGUUAAACCACACGUUGAGUAUUAUUGUACGUGACAUUUGAACGACGACCAGUAGUAUGUAUAUCUUCCUUAUAUAUAAAAAUUACGUGUCAAGUUGUUUGUCCGCGAUGGACUCCUAAACUACUGAACCGAUUGCAAAUUUGAUUUGCACAUUGUGUGCAAUUUAAACCUACUUGAAAAAUAGGAUAGGAUAGCUUACAUCUCAAUUUAUAGUCGCAAUAUUAUUUUUAUAUAUUAAGAAACUGUUAGCCACAGCAACGCACGGCCGGGUCUGCUAGUAUAUAUAUAGAUACUGAUCUCCGUCGGUACAUCGGAGGAAUUAAUGUUUAAAUGUAUAUGAAUUUUUGAUAUUUUAUUUUUUUAUAAACUUAUUGAUCUACAUUCUAUCAUAAUUUAUAUUAGGAUUUACUUUAUAAAAAAUCUAACGCCAAACCGUAGAAUUUUCGCUUUGUAUAACCUUAGUAAAACUAUUGCGUUGAAAUCUUGCUCUGACUUGUGUGACCACGUCACCACGACUUUGGGGUCAGUCAUGGUCAGGUCAGGUCAUGAUGAAUACACGGCUACAUCCUCCGAUGUUGCUUUACUAUUUCACUAUUUAAUUGAUUAAUUACACACAUAUGAAUGUAUAUGACGUUUAAAUUCUGUGGCCAGUCCAGUCCCUGAUGUCUGGCACACGUGGCAGGACCGCCUGAUUACCACCCAUGGACAUUGUAUGAUGGUAUUCUUUAAUAGACUCGUCCAAUUCCAACAGGCUAUUAUAUACACGAUACAUUGGAGAUGAUAUAUCUCUCGGGCCUAUAAAAAUAUUAAUUUUUAUACUCGUAAUUCGUACACCACUGUUGCCGAAUUAAAAUUAGUGAGUGAUAGGUACAAAAUCUUUUGUAGUAGCUAUAGUUACUACUGAUUUAGUCAAUUUUAUGAUGAAGUGCGAUCCGGAGCGACUUGCGUCGCGCGCCGUCGGUACGUCGCGUACGGCGGCGGCCACUCACGACGCCUCCCACCUCGCGCUGCCUACGAGUUCCGAAUUCAACUCCAUAGCUAGUGGACAAGUUACAAUCACAUAUCGUUCUGGCCGUUUGUUUGUGGGGGGUGAGUUGUACCGAGCCGAGCCAAUACGAACAGGUGUCGAAUAAGUAGAUGUUUGAAGCCGCACUGGGCCUCCCAUUCUGUAAAGUUAUUUCAAAAUUUAGAGAACGACACUACAUAAUCGGCCCCAACUAUUAUUUAAUUAAUGCUAAUUAUUAAAAACUAUUGUUGUUAUAUAUUAUAACGUUUCUAUGAUAACAUUUAUUUACAAAUAUAUUUAUAGUAUAUCUACAUACAUUGCUUGUAGGUAUGUAUUACAUAUAGGUAUAUUGUUUUGUUGUAACAUUAUGUUAAUGAUAUCCAAUAUUCUAUUGUGUUGUAAGAAUUUCUUAUAUACUGUUAUUAUUGUUGUUGUCGCCACUGUCGUUGCUGUCCGUACGGGUGGGUACAUAUGGAAGUACCUACAUUUGUACCCAUGAAGUUCCAAUAAUGAAGUGUACACUAGACUACGGAUAUAAAUCAGUGUCUCAGACGAACAGAUACAUUAUUUAUUAAUUUGUAAUAAAAAGGGUAUAAGAACUCGUUAUAAAAAGUACUGAAGAUAUGUGAAAACUUUUUCAGAUCUAAUAGUACAAUUUAAUUAUGUAUAAAUAAUAAUACUAUUAUAUGGAACAUCUUACAGACAGCAACGAUAUGUUCGCGUUGUAAGUAUAUAAUUCUCGUUAACUGACAAAUUUUGAACGUACAAACGUGUGGGCCUUACACUCGUAUGUAACAUACUAAUAUAUAUUUUGUAAACAAAAUAAAGUUGUUGUUUUGUUUCAUGUUUAAUAUGUUGUUGAUACAGUUAUACUCGAUUUUAUGUAAGUGCAGAUUCACAAAAUUAUCAACAUUAUUACAUGUUUACUAUAGUUUAUGGUCCAGGUCCAUACAGGACACCUGAGCAUGUUGUUGUGCACCUCGGUGCAGUGUGGUGUGCAAAAAGCACACAUUCACUUACAAGUGUGGUCCGCAACACUAUGUCGAUGUAAUUAGGUACUAUUAUAUAUAAUAUAGCGUAGUUAGAUUAAGAUGCCAGGCAUUUUUGUGUGAUAAUAGUAUUUACCACAAAUUGUGUGUAGAGUGACACUAUUUGCUUUUUGUAUUAUUUCUAAGAAUGCACGUUCGGGAUGACAAUUUUAUAUCCCGAUUUUUAUAGGCCUUAAUGGAUUACGUAAACGUUAAUAAUUGUUGAUGUGACGAAACGCUUGUUGCUACGAUUGGGACCGCUAAUGAUUUGUGUACAAGUAACGCAAAUACAGUAAUUACUCGGGAAAUUCAUGUUAAUGAAUACAUUAUGUGUAGUCAAAAG